AUGGGCCCGUGCGCGUUCUUGCUGAGGGAACCCGUCGAGAAAGAGAUCGCCCACCUCGUGGCCGGAGACCGGGUGUCGGUCAUCCCGUGCGCCGCGGGGCCUACGAGUUCCCAGCUCCGCGGCGAGCCGGGCGCGCUGUGCGGAAUUCUCGGAGUGCAUGUUGAUGAUCAGGUCAAUGGUGGCCGCGGGCUGCUGCGGGCCAGUGCGAUGGAAAGGGCGCAGGGCGGGUGCGUCAUAGGUGCGACGGACCCCUCGCUGGCAACAGGUCCUUUAGCUACCUGGUGCCCGAUGGCAUGGAAGUCUCAGAAGACCAAGCAGGGAUGUGCAUCCACACUGGCGGGGGAAAGUAGGCUUCUGAAGGCCUCCUUGGGUCACCUCGAGUGGAUCAUGUGCGCUUUCGCGGCUACCCUGUACCCUAUGUUUUGUCUGGAGAACCGGGACACAUACUCGAAGAAAUUCUCGGCCACUAGCGUGAUAUAUUGCAAGUCCGUGUUUGACCGUGUGACCAAGCCGGGGGGCCCGACAGGACUCGACGACAAGAAGGCUUCCAUAGAUAUCGCCAUAGCCAAGGGGGGCCGCAGGAGACUCGGACGGACGCUCAGGCAGUCCGUGCCGCAAGCCGUGCGGGAGUUCCCAAUCCACCUCCAGGCUUGGGCGAUGGCAAAGUUCGAGGUGCGGGGGCGGGACGACCAAGCCAGCGCCUUCAUGCUCGGGAUGGCAGACGUGCACCCAGAGGAGUCCACGACGGAGAUGGCCCAGGCCAGGGUCAAGGUGAGAGUGCCGGCAACGGAGUUGAUGGCGGGAACGCCCGCCAAGAAGGGCAACGUGCGAGUGACACUGCAGUAUGUCUCCAUAGCGGGGAACGUGCAGGUGAUGACGACAGCAGCGCUGGAGGAUGAGGUGCGGGAGACGCUGGUGAAGCUCGAGAAGAUGUACGUGGAGUGGCAGGAUGCACCAGUCGACUCGAAGCCCAAGAUGGAGUCGAUGUGCCCAGCAGUGGAGCUCUUCCGCGCCAAGACCGAGAUGCCAGUCAAGAAGCAGCUGCAAAAGGAGAAGGGAAGCAGGCGCGGCGUACCGAUGGACGACGGCUGCGCGGAGGCGAUGGACACUAUCAUGGAGAGUGUGGCCUGGUCGCUGGUGUCCUACUCGAUCAUGCGAGAUCGAGUCCUGGAGGCGCUGAAGGAGUUCCUCCCUGAGGAGAACCAGGCGCCAGAGGUGGACGGCCCGUGGGACCCAGGUUCGGACUGGACGAUGAGCGGAGAGACGAAGAGCCCAGUGCAGUGA